GCAUAACUACACUCGUCGAAGAAUCGUUCGGAGCAUAGGUUGUGGAGCCACCGUGUUUCGUCACGUAUCUCUAUUGUGCGUCCAUUUAUUAUUUUAUUAUUAUUAUUAUAACGAACGCAGAGUGCAGUUCUCACACGGGCCCAUUGAAAAUCAUCACGUGCGUGCAUUAUAUUAUUAUUAUUUUGUAGCGAAUAGGAGUUCAAAAACCUUUUGUCCGCAAGUCGCCAGCACCACUACAACAGAGGUCGCGACAAGUCGCACGCGGGGGCUCCGACUAGUUUUUCGUCUUCCGUCCGCGACGAGUAUACCUAUAGCUGGCUUUAAUACGUGCCCGAAGACCCGGUCCAUUCGUAAUCCGCUCGCCUUUUACCAACCAUGGUUCUGCACGCUCCGACCGCUACCGCUGCUGCGCUUGUUCUGUUCGUGGGCCUUGCGCUCGGACAGCAACAGAACAACCGCGGUGAAUUCCAAUGUCCCCAGAAACCAGGGUUCUACGCCGAUCAGAUACAAUGCGACCUGUACUACCACUGCUCCGUAGAUGGCGAACUAACGGAAAAACUCUGCCCCGAUGGAUUGCUGUUCGACGACUCCAGCCCGAGUCACGAGAAAUGUGAUACGUCCGUAAACGUGGACUGCGGCCAGAGGACCGUUCAGCAGGAACCGAAACCGUCUAAAGGCUGUCCUCGGGCCAACGGCUACUACAGGCAUUGGGACGAGGGUGUCUGCGACAAGUUCGUCAAUUGCGUGGACGGCAACGCCAACGAGAUGCCGUGUCCACCCGGUCUAGUAUACGACGAUUCCACAAGUUCUUGCGCCUGGGCGACGGACAGCAAGAGGCAAUGCACUACAACUAAAAGAGACGCUCUCACCGACGGUUUCACGUGCCCAGACGGUGACGUGGUCGGUCCCAAUGGCAGAAUCUUACCCCAUCCGACGUUCGCCCACCCCGACGAUUGUCAGAAGUUCUACAUCUGCCGGAACGGCGUCAUCCCACAAUACGGUAGCUGCUCCGCGGGUACCGUGUACAACGACGUGUCGUUUAAGUGCGACGAUCCGGAGAACGUACCAGGAUGCGAAAAUUACUACGAAAACGAGGACGAGAAGAAGGGCGGAAAAAAUUAAAAUCUCAUUUGUAUAAUCUAUAUAGUGUAAUUAUUUUAUAUUUAAAUGUAAAAUAAAUAUUUUUGUUGUUUUAAAAAGCAAUCACAAUGUACAUUACUUCGAAUAGUAAUAGUUAUUUAAUUGCAUCCUAAAACGUGGCCAACAAUGUACAACACUUUAAGUUAGUUUAAAAUAAAUCCUUGAAAUACUAAUAUGAUAAGUGAAAGCUUAUAAAUUAUAA